UACUGCACUCUGCUUCUUAAUUAGGGAUUCGCAAUUUCUUUUUUUCUGUUUCAUUCACGGUUUUCACAAAUAAAAAAUGCAAUUUUUAUUUAUUAGGGAUAGAAGUCAUAACCAUUCAUAGAUGCCUCGUUACAAAGACGAAUCCCUUGCUGUUCGUGUCUACACUGUCUCCGACGAAUCAAGAUAUUUGAUUGUAAGGAACGUUCCAGCACUAGGUUGUGGCAAUGAUUUGCUGCAACUUUUUUCAUCCUAUGGACAAGUUGAGGAGUGUAAGCCAAUGGAUGCUGAAGACUGUGAGCAAUUCACUGAUGUUUAUUGGAUCAAAUUUUGUCUUUUCAGCAAUGCCAGGUUUGCGAAAAGAAAAUUGGAUGAGUUUGUUUUCCUUGGGAACCGACUACAGGUUUCGUAUGCUCCCCAUUUUGAGACUUUGUCUGAUACAAAGGAUAAAUUGGAAGGAAGAAGAAGAGAGGUUUUAGCUCGAUUGAACCCUAGAAGAUCUAAAGAGACUAUAGCGUCAAGCUCUAGGCCCCUAAUUACUUCAAACACCAGUUUCCUGUCAGAACCUUUACAUACUAAUUCAAGGAAAACAGAAUUUGAAGGAAGGCCGGACAACAGUAUUCUUCCCAAAAGAACGGUCUCAUCUAACGAGGAUUAUUUUUCCUCCCACUCCAUGAAUCAAACAGUGAGGAUUGUCAGGGAUAAGCUUGAUAAGAUUGAAUCCAGUGGCGAACAUCUACAAGAUGGAUCCACAUCCAAAAAAGCACGAGUUGAUAAUAGGAGGAGGAUUUAAUGUGUAAGAGAAGUAUAAAGUUUAAUAUAAUUGUGAUGUUCUCCUAGAGUGUGUUUGAGAGGUUUUAGGAAGGAAAGAUCCCCCUCUCUCCUGUUUUCUUCCAGAUCAAGAUCAAUCUCCUAUUCGGGUUUGAUGGAAUUAGUGUUGUAAGGGAUGAAAGCGAUUUAUCAAUUCCAUUGGAGUGUAUUGCUCCUGCAUUUACUAACCUAGGGGUAGAUAUUUAACUUGUUCUUGUUAGUUUUUUGUGUUGUAUGAAAUUUGUGAUUGAAAGUGGCAACUGUCAAGAUUAAAGUACCCUGCGAUUCUUAUUUUUAUCUACGUAAUUACUGUGUUCUUGUUAGCUGGCUUCUGGCUGAGUUAUGUUUUCUAUUUUACGGAAAUAGUUGUCUUUGCAAAAUGAGACAAAAACUCUGUUUUACAUAAAUGUACAGAUCAAAAGGUUAAGCAUAGUUGCAUUUGUUCA